UGACGCACGUUUUUUUUUACACGCUUAAAUCUCAUGAAUACUCACGAUAAGCUGAUAAGAGUUCAAAGUCAAAUGCUGAUCGUGUUAUUAUAAUUCGCGUUCCAGCAACUGUCUAUAGAGUUACAUAUUUAAUCCUCUAGCAGUCGGCUACAAAUAGCAAUAAUGUCUACUGGAAUCGUAGCUGGAAGAUUGGCUCUGGUAACUGGUGCUGGCUCUGGAAUUGGCCGUGCAGCAUGCCAGGUGCUCUCCCGUGAAGGUGCCACAGUCAUAGCUGCAGACAAAAAUUAUGAGGCAGCUGUUGAAACAAUCAAAACUCAUACAGCUUUAGCCAGCGGUGCAAAUGCUAUAGGAGAUCAUUCUGCGGUUGAACUAGAUGUGUCCAACUCCAAUGCAGUACAGGAAUUAUUAAAAACUACUUUGAAACAGUAUAAGGGACCUCCUACAAUAAUUGUUAACUCUGCUGGCAUCACAAGAGACAAUUGGCUUUUGAAAAUGUCUGAAGACGACUACAGCACUGUGCUUGAUGUCAAUUUAAAGGGUACGUUCCUGGUGAUGCAAGCUUGUGCAAAAGCAUUAACUGAAGCGUCACUGCCUGGAUCAAUUAUUAAUAUAUCGAGUAUAGUCGGAAAAUAUGGGAAUAUGGGACAAACUAAUUACGCUGGAAGUAAAGCUGGAGUGGUAGGAAUGUCGCAGUCGGCCGCUAAGGAAUUGGGAAAAUUUAAUAUAAGAGUAAAUGCUGUUCUACCGGGUUUCAUAGACACGCCAAUAAUUAAAACUGUUCCAGAUAAAGUUAUGCAAGGCCUCUUGAAACUAGUGCCAUUGGGGAGGGUGGGCAAUCCAAUUGAGGUGGCUGAAGUGAUAGCGUUCUUGAGUUCCGAUAAAAGUUCCUUCAUCACGGGCGCUGCGAUCGACGUCACAGGAGGAUAUUAGUUAAGAAAAUUAACUUAAUUGGAUAUAAAAAACAGUUGUACUAGUCCUGUUCACACUAAAUUGUUAUGAUUUUGUAUUUAUGUUAUGGUGCUAGACGUCUAGAUAAGAAGAGACAUUACUUAAAAAAUGUUAAUAGAAAAUAAGGAAAUGGUGAAAAAGUUUAAUGGAUGGAAUAUAUGUUUAUUAUGAAAAUAGAUUCUGAUAGUAAGUUAGUAGU